ACGCGCACACUAAGCACAGACAGAAGAGGGCAAUUUCAACUCCGUCCGCUGUUAGAUCACUUGUUAAAAUCACAGCAACUCAACCGUGGAUUUCUCUUUCUCUUUACGCACAAGGAUCCUUUUCGGUCCGACAACGGUAUUUUGAGCUGGAACAUACCGAGAAAAAAUGUCUGCUUCAGUCCUGUCUUCCAUUUAUGACUUCGAUAUGGUGUACAGGCAGGAGAAAAUCCACAGUUCAUUGCAAACAAACGCUAUCUCCUUCAGCAGUGUGAUGGACAAGAAAACUGUCGGUGUUCCGCUCACCACCUCUAACACCAACAACAAGCCGUACGCACCGGGCUUUUUCCGGAGUAUCUCAGCCAGCCACAUGGACUCGGUUAUUAACAGCAAGUUCCAAGUUGGCGGGCACAGUGACAGCGGCAAAGAAAGCCCUACUCCUGCAUCCAUGAACAAGGAAAACAAGUUUCGCGACCGCGCGUUCAGUGAUACUGGAGAGCGCAGCCAACAACUGCAGGAAAUGCUUCAGGUGAAGCCUGGUUCUCAGAUCAAUUCAACACGCUACAAAACUGAACUGUGCAGACCCUUUGAGGAAAAUGGGUCCUGUAAAUAUGGAGAAAAGUGUCAAUUUGCCCACGGCUAUCACGAAUUGAGGAAUUUGUCUCGUCACCCUAAGUACAAGACCGAGCCUUGCCGCACAUUCCACACAAUCGGCUUCUGUCCCUACGGGCCUCGCUGUCAUUUCAUCCAUAAUGCCGAUGAACGCAGACCAACCACAAACAAUGUUAAUCUACACGGACAACACAGGUUGAAUCGAGAAAUUGGUGUCUUGAACGAGAAGGAGUCCACCCCGUUUUAUACGCCAAGGGACAGACCAAAGCUGCACCACAGCCUUAGUUUCUCUGGAUUUUCCAGCGCUGGAGGACUAGAAACAGCUUUGAUUGAAAGCCCAGCAUCCCGCACCCCUCCGCCCUCCACCUGUUCCCUUAACAUUUACGAGGAGAUGUUGACUCCCACCUCACCCUGCCUGAGCGCUUUUACCCUCCCAGAGCAGGACCUCAAAACUUUUCUCGCUCCUUUAAUCCCCCAGACUCAGGGUGGUUUUACCUCCCCACCAAGCGGUGCCUUGUACGGGAACAUCCAGCCAAGCGCCUGCCCCCCGUCACCCCCCUUCAAACUGAGCCACUUGUCAUCCAUCCAUCGCCUGUCUGAGUCGCCCGUGUUUGAUUCUCCACCAAGUCCACCAGAGUCGCUCUCAGAUCCAGAAAGUUAUGUGAGUGGGUCCUGUUGCUCUUCCGGGACCAUCAGCGGCUCGGAAUCCCCAAGUUUGGAUGCAAAUAGACGUUUGCCAAUCUUCAGCAGGCUGUCGAUUUCAGACGAGUAA